GCCGCGCUGCGGAGCGGUGUUCGGGCCCUGGCGAGCGCCGGAGCAGAGCGCGGGCCCGAGGUCGGGGCCGGAGGAGAGCGCGGCGGGGAGGAGAGGUAUUACCACAUUUAGAAAGCCUUGGGAGGAAAUAGGAAAACACUUCUGAGAAAAUGACAAGUUUUCGCAGUCCUUGUCCACAUUUGGAUUCAGUUGGUGAAAUAACAAAGGAGGAUUUGAUACAGAAAUCUCAUGGUACUUGUCAGGAUUGUAAAGUCAGAGGACCAAAUCUUUGGGCAUGCCUGGAGAAUAGAUGUGCAUAUGUUGGCUGUGGCGAAUCACAAGUAGAUCAUAGCACCAUACAUUCUCAGGAGACAAAGCAUUACCUAACUGUGAACCUGACCACUCUCCGGGUGUGGUGUUACGCUUGCAGCAAAGAAGUAUUUUUGGAUAGAAAAUUAGGAACUCAGCCCUCAUUUCCUCAUGUAAGACAACUUCAACAAGCACAGGAAAAUGGUAUCCAGGAUUUUAAAAUCCCCAGUAGUACCACGUUGAGAACCCCUCUGGCGGCUGUAUUUGACGACCUGGAUGUCGAAGUGGAAGAAGAUGACGAGCUGAAGGCUAGAGGCCUUACUGGUUUGAAAAAUAUUGGGAAUACCUGUUAUAUGAAUGCAGCUCUGCAGGCUCUUUCUAAUUGCCCACCUCUGACCCAAUUCUUUCUUGACUGUGGAGGACUAGCCAGAACAGAUAAGAAGCCAGCAAUUUGUAAAAGUUACCUCAAACUAAUGACAGAAUUGUGGCACAAAAACAGGCCAGGGUCUGUUGUGCCUACUAAUCUAUUUCAAGGAAUUAAAACUGUAAAUCCAACAUUUCGAGGGUAUUCUCAGCAGGACGCCCAGGAAUUCCUCCGCUGCUUAAUGGACCUGCUUCAUGAAGAGCUAAAAGAGCAGGUCAUGGAGACGGAGGAGGACCCUCAGACGAUCACGCCCGAGGAGACGGGGGAGGAAGACAGGAGCCAGUCGGAUGUGGAUUUCCAGUCUUGUGAGUCCUGUAGCAGCAGUGAAAAAGCGGAAAACGAGACCAGCUCCAGAGGCUUUUCUGAAGAGAACAACGAAACAGCAAUGUUAAUUCAGGAUGAUGAGAACAGCUCAGAAAUGUCAAAAGAUUGGCAGAAGGAGAAGAUGUGCAAUAAGAUGAAUAAGGCAAACUGUGAAGGGGAGCGAGAUAAAGAUAGAGACACGGCGUCUGACACAGUGGACUCGAACAGCCAGGAAACCGUCAAAGUUCAAAUACACGGCAGAGCGUCAGAAUAUAUCACUGAUGUCCAUUUGAAUGACCUGUCUACACCACAGAUCCUUCCAUCAAAUGAAGGUGUUAAUCCACGUUUAUCAGCAAGCCCUCCUAAAUCAGGCAAUUUGUGGCCAGGAUUAGUACCCCCACACAAAAAAGCUCAGUCUGCAUCUCCGAAAAGAAAAAAGCAGCACAAGAAAUACAGAAGUGUGAUUUCUGACAUCUUUGACGGCACGAUCGUCAGUUCAGUGCAGUGUCUGACGUGCGAUAGGGUGUCUGUAACCCUCGAGACCUUUCAAGAUCUGUCCUUGCCGAUUCCUGGCAAGGAAGACCUUGCUAAGCUGCACUCGUCCAGUCACCCGACUUCUAUAGUGAAGGCAGGACCAUGUGGCGAGGCCUAUGCUCCGCAGGGGUGGAUCGCCUUCUUCAUGGAGUAUGUGAAGAGGUUUGUUGUCUCAUGUGUCCCUAGCUGGUUUUGGGGUCCAGUAGUAACCUUGCAAGAUUGUCUUGCUGCCUUCUUCGCCAGAGAUGAACUAAAAGGUGACAACAUGUACAGUUGUGAAAAAUGCAAAAAGUUGAGGAAUGGAGUGAAGUUUUGUAAAGUACAAAAGUUUCCUGAGAUUUUAUGUAUCCACCUUAAAAGAUUCAGACAUGAGCUGAUGUUUUCCACCAAAAUCUGCACACAUGUUUCAUUUCCACUGGAAGGCCUGGAUCUCCAGCCAUUUCUUGCUAAGGAUAGUCCAGCUCAGAUUGUGACAUAUGAUCUUCUGUCAGUCAUCUGUCACCACGGGACUGCAAGUAGUGGACAUUACAUCGCCUACUGCCGCAACAACCUGAAUAACCUGUGGUAUGAAUUUGACGAUCAGAGCGUCACAGAAGUGUCCGAGUCGACUGUACAGAGCGCUGAGGCUUAUGUACUUUUCUACAGGAAGAGCAGUGAAGAGGCACAGAGAGAGAGGCGAAGGAUAUCAAAUUUGCUGAACAUAAUGGAACCCAGCCUUCUUCAGUUUUAUAUUUCUCGACAGUGGUUGAAUAAAUUUAAGACCUUUGCUGAGCCUGGCCCUAUUUCAAACAAUGACUUUCUCUGCAUUCAUGGAGGUGUUCCUCCACGAAAAGCCAGUUACAUUGAAGACUUGGUUUUGAUGCUGCCUCAGAACAUUUGGGAUAACCUAUAUAGCAGGUAUGGAGGAGGCCCAGCUGUCAACCAUCUGUACAUUUGUCAUACUUGUCAAAUUGAGGCAGAGAAAAUUGAAAAAAGAAGAAAAACGGAAUUGGAAAUUUUUAUUCGGCUCAACAGGGCGUUUCAGGAAGAGGACUCUCCAGCUACCUUCUACUGUAUCAGCAUGCAGUGGUUUAGAGAGUGGGAGAGCUUCGUGAAGGGUAAAGACGGAGAUCCUCCGGGUCCUAUUGACAACACUAAAAUUGCCAUCACUAAAUGUGGCACUGUGAUGCUCAGGCAAGGAGCAGACUCUGGUCAGAUUUCUGAAGAAACAUGGAAUUUUCUGCAGGCUAUAUACGGUGGAGGGCCUGAAGUUAUCCUGCGCCCUCCAGUUGUUCAUGUUGAUCCUGACGUACUACAAGCAGAAGAGAAAAUUGAAGUAGAAACGCGAUCUUUGUAACUUUGAGGAUAUAGAGAGCUCGAAGGAGAAAGUAUUUUCACUUCCUAUGACAGACACACAUUCAGAAACAUUCCUUAAAGCAUGUUAUUUUCUUGGUUUUCAUCUUUACUUGGGUUUAUUCCUUGUUAUUGGGCAUUAUGGAAAAUAUGUAAACAUGUCUUAUAUAUUAUGGACGGGCAUAUUUAAUGCUAACUUACCACAAUCUUUUAGGGUAACACGUUUGAAAAAGAAGGGACAAGUUUAACCAGCUGGAAAUCCAGGUUGUCAAUCUUUAUACCACAUGCAGAUCCGUAAUUCCCUUUGUAGUGCUGUACAUACUUUCUGCUUUGAAAACUUUUUCAUUACCCUAAGCCAACAUAACUGAUGAGUCUUUUUAGUUCUGCAAAAUCUAAUUUAACUGUAUAGUUUUGACAUGCCUUUGCAUAAGGAGUCUAUUUUAAAUUGAGAGUAAGGGUCAGAAACGUGUUAAUUUCCUAAAGCUCAGGAAACAUUAGUGUUUUUCUUCAUUUGCACUGCAGCAUAUGAACUAGCAUAUGAAAACUGACAGAAUGUCUGUUUUGAAUGUAUCAGGAUGUGUAUUUAGUUUGAGUGGUAUUUGUCCCAGAUACCAGUAAGUUAUUGCCGCUUAUAAUGUAAAACGUUUAAUUCUAUAACCCCAAAUAUUCAUUGAAAUCAGUAACUAAAAGCCUUAGAGUUAGUUUUAGACCACUUUUUAUUUUGAAGAGCAUGUAGAGUGGAAUGUGUCAAUGCAAUUGUCAAUAAAGCUGAAAGCACUUACUAAAUGAUUUUUAAUGAAAUGCAUAAAUCUUUUUAACUAUAGUAUGCACUACUGUUUGCUCGAUUAUGUAAUGGCAAAGUUUUAACUAUAUUCCAGUUAUAAACACAUACUGAAUUACUUUGAGGAUACCGAAUAGCAUUGAUAAUAGCUUUCAGUUUGGGGCAGCUGUACCAUAAAGCAAUGUUAAAAUUAGUUCAAUAAAAAUGAUUUAAAAAUGUA